UCUGUGGGUGGGAAGCAGGAAGGUUGACAAGUGAGAGGGGAGAGUUUCUGAGCCGACAGGAGAGGGAGUCGGCAGGGGGACCCCAGAACAGUGCUGUAGCUGAGCUUUUAUACACAGGGCUAGGGGUAUGCUGUGGGGGGAGGGGGCAAUGUUUACAUGAUAUGUCUAAGCUGCCCCAAAGGUUACUAAGUCAGAGAUUUACCGUUGGGAAGCUAUUUUAACCCCUUGUUGCCUGUGCAUGCAGCUAUAUUAGGGAGGGCGCGUUUAAUGGGCGGCCAUGCUCCAUGUCUAGAUAGUAAAGUCCUAGCAUUCAGUGUAGAGACCAAGCGGUACAAGAGCUGAGAAGAGGUCGCCCGCCAUGUCUCUGGAGGAUCCGUUUUCCGUGGUCCGGGGGGAGGUGCAGAAGGCCCUCAACACCAGCCGGGGUCUGUACCAGCGAUGGUGCGAACUCCUGCAGGAGAGUCACGUGACCAGCGCGGAAGAAUUCGAUUGGACAACCAACGAACUUCGGAAUUCCCUGAGAAGCAUCGAAUGGGACCUGGAGGACUUGGAAGAGACGAUCAGCAUCGUUGAAUCAAACCAGAAGAAGUUUAAGAUAUCGGAGGUCGAACUGACCGAGAGGCGAGACUUUGUGGAGAAGACGCGGAGUUCCUUAAAGGAAAUGAGGGAUCACAUCUCUAGUCCCAGAGCUCAGAACUUCACAGAGCGAAAGAACAGAGAGGCGUUGGGCAUCUCUCACCCCCUGACCUCCGAUCGCUUCUCUCGGUUGGACGAUGAGAUCAUCUCGGGAAACUCCCGCUACAUUGAGGAGCAACAAGCAUCGCAACAGUUGAUUAUAAAUGAGCAGGACACGAAUCUGGAGUUGGUAUCGGGCAGUAUCCGGGUUCUGAAGAAUAUGUCUGGGAAGAUUGGAGACGAGUUGGACGAGCAGGCUGUGAUGCUUGAUCAGUUUUCCUACGAGAUGGACAAUACUCAAAGUCGCAUGGACACAGUCCUCAAGAGGAUGGCCAAAGUGUCGCAUAUGACCAGCGAUCGGCGUCAGUGGUGUGCUAUCGCCGCCCUGGUGGUGGUUCUCUUUAUUGUACUGAUACUGCUGCUCACAUUGCCAUAAUGAAAGGACCCCAGGACCAGAGUGAUCCGAGCAGGCCGGCGCUGUAGACAUGGAGACCGCAAGUUACAAAUGAGGAGGAAACUGUGAGGACAGACUGUGCCUCUGUGUACGAGGCCGAGCGCUGGCCCCUCACCGCUGAUCUGUACUGUGCGCAAUACAGUUUUUUAAAUCAAUUUUUGACAAA